CCCGCCAUCAAGCCCUUCGACCACUACGACUUCUCCAGGGCCAAGAUCGCCUGCAAUCUGGCCUGGCUGGUGGCCAAGGCCUUCGGGACAGACAGCGUGCCCGAGGAGCUCCGGGAGCCUUUCUACACGGACCAGUAUGAGCAGGAGCAUCUCAAGCCGCCGGUCGUGCGCCUGCUGCUGUCGGCCGAGCUGUACUGCCGCGCGGGGAGCCUCAUCCUCAAGAGCGACGCCGCCAAGCCCCUGCUGGGCCACGACGCCGUCAUCCAGGCCCUGGCGCAGAAGGGCCUCUACGUCACCGACCAGGAGAGGCUGGUGACCGAGCGCGACCUGCACAAGAAGCCCAUCCAGAUGAGUGCUCACCUGGCCAUGACCGACACCCUGAUGAUGGCGUACACCGUGGAAAUGGUCAGUAUAGAGAAAGUCAUCGCGUGUGCUCAGCAGUACGCAGCUUUCUUUCAAGCUACGGACCUGCCCUAUGACACGGAGGAUGCUGUCACGUACUGGAUAAAUAAGGUAAAUGAACAUUUGAAAGACAUAAUGGAACAAGAACAGAAGUUGAAAGAGCAUCACACAGUUGAAGCUCCCGGAGGUCAGAAGUCUCCUUCCAAGUGGUUUUGGAAACUGGUCCCAGCUCGGUACAGGAAGGAGCAGACGCUGCUGAAGCACCUGCCCUGCAUCCCGCUGGUGGAGAACCUCCUGAAGGACGGCAGUGACGGCUGCGCCCUGGCCGCCCUCAUCCACUUCUACUGCCCCGGCGUCGUCCGCUUAGAGGAUAUCUGUUUGAAAGAAACCAUGUCUUUGGCCGACAGUCUGUACAACCUGCAGCUGAUCCAAGAGUUUUGCCAAGAAUAUUUGAACCAGUGUUGCCACUUCACCCUGGAAGACAUGCUCUAUGCUGCUUCGUCCAUAAAGAGUAAUUACCUGGUGUUCAUGGCCGAGCUGUUCUGGUGGUUCGAAGUCGUGAAGCCGUCCUUCGUGCAGCCUCGUGUCCACCCACGAGCAGCUGAGCCUGUGAAUGACAUGCCUUCAACCCCUGUCCUGAACGCUGCCAAGAGAAAUGCCUGGGACAGUUCGUGUGCUUCUGACUUGACGUCAAGUGUGGAAGGAGCUGCAUUGCCACAUCCCCAUCAUCAUUUGCCUUCUGGACGUCCACGUCCCCAAACCCAUUCUUCAGCCUCAGGAGGAAUUAGAAGGUCUUCGUCUAUGUCUUACGUGGAUGGCUUCAUAGGGACGUGGCCCAAAGAGAAACGAUCAUCGGUGCACGGCGUGUCAUUCGAUAUUUCUUUUGAUGAAGAAAGCGCCGCGCAGAGGCCCCCUGCAAACCGAGGCAUCACCCGCUCUGUCAGUAACGAGGGGCUCUCUCUGAGCAGCAGCCGUGCGUCUAGAAACAUCAGGAGAAGUCUGUCCUUCAAGCCAGUGGAUGGAGAAGAGGAGGCGGGAAGCAUCGAGGAGGAGCUGGGCGUGGGCGCCCCCGGCCACCUGCGGUCCCCGGGGCCCCCGGACGCCACUGAGCGCGGAGCCGGGCGGAGCCGGGCGCUUCUCGACGAGUGUGGCAGCCGGGGGGAGACACCCAGCAUCGAGGAAGCGCUGCAGAUCAUCCACGACACCGAGAAGCCUCCCUGCAGCCCGCAGCCGGGCCAGACCGCCAACGGCUUCUUCCUCCACAGCCAGGAAGGGGGCGUCCUCAGCGCCAGCGUCAAGCUGCGACCCUCGAGUCCCGACAGCACGGCGGACACGAAGGGGACCCUGAGUCCCGUGACCGACAACACCGAGGUGGACACCGGCAUCCACGUUCCUUCCGAGGACAUUCCGGAGACGCUGGACGAGGACUCCUCCCUGCGGGACUACACCGUGAGCUUGGACUCGGAUGUGGACGACGCACCACGGUUCCUGCAGGACUGUGACCCGCGGGCCGGCAGCGCCCGAGACGCGCUGAGCCCCUGCCCGAGCACCGUGAGCACCCGGUCCCAGCCCGGCAGCAGCGCCUCGUCCAGCUCCGGGGUGAAGAUGACCAGCUUCGCCGAGCAGAAGUUCCGGAAGCUGAACCACACGGACGGGAAAAGCAGCGGCAGCAGCUCUCAGAAAACCACCCCGGAGGGCUCGGAGCUUAACGUCCCCCACGCGGUGGCCUGGGCGCAGGCCCCGGAGGAGGCCGGCCUUCCCCAGGGCCGGGACAGCACGCAGCUGCUGGCCUCCGAGAUGCUGCACCUGCGCAUGAGGCUGGAGGAGAAGCGGCGUGCCAUCGAGGCCCAGAAGAAGAAGGUGGAGGCCGCCUUCACCCAGCAGAGGCAGAGGGUGGGGCGCACCGCCUUCCUGACCGUGGUGCGCAAGAAGGGGGAGCGGGGCUCCCCGAUGCGUGAGGAGGCGGCCGGCGCCGAGGACGAGGAGGUGUUCGGUGACCGGGCCAAGGACAGGGAGGCGCCGAAGGCCGGCGGCCAGAGGGGGCGGGCCCCGGCGGCCGCGAAGGACAGCGAGGAGAGCCCCCCGGCCAAGUGGCCGAAGUCGCCCACCACGCCCGUGGACCCCGACAAGCCGUGGGGCCUGGCCAGCCCCUCGGAAGAGGCCCUGAGCGAAGGGGAGGCGGCCGAGCACGCGAAGUCCAUCGAGAAGCUGAACUCGUCGCUGCGGCUGCUGCAGCAGGAGAUGCAGCGCCUGUCGGUGCAGCAGGAGCUGCUGAUGCAGAUGCGGGAGCGGCAGUCGUGGGUCAUCUCGCCGCCCCAGCCGUCCCCGCAGAGGCAGCCCCGGGACCCCAAGCCCACCCGCGCCCCCAAAAGCAUGAACCUCAUCGAAGUGUCCCUCUCGGACUUGAAACCCCCCGAAAAGGCCGACGUGUCCGUGGAGAAGGGUGACGGGGACAGCGACAAAGAACAACUGGACGAGGACCAGAAGCUGUGCUGCGGGUUCUUCUUCAAGGACGAUCAGAAAGCGGAAGACGACAUGGCGGUGAAGCGGGCGGCUUUGCUGGAGAAGCGGCAGCUGAGGGAGAAGGAGGCUCAGCUCCGGAAGCAGCGGCUGGAGGCGGAGCUGGAGCACAAGAAGGAGGAGACGCGGCGGAAAACCGAGGAGGAGCGGCAGAGGAAGGAGGACGAGCGGGCUCGCAGGGAGUUCAUCAGGCAGGAGCACAUGAGGCGCAAGCAGCUGAAGCUGAUGGAGGACAUGGACACCGUGCUCAAGCCCCGUCCUCAGGCAGCGAAGCAGAAGAAGCAGCGCCCCAAGUCCAUUCACAGAGACCACGUCGAGUCCCCCAAAACUCCAGUCAGAGGUCCCCCAGCCUCCAGCCUUUCUCUGGCGUCGCUGGACACGGGAGAUAACGAGAGUGUGCGUUCGGGCAAGAGGACACCCAGGUCGGAGUCCGUGGAGGGCUUCCUGUCGCCAAGUCGUUGUGGCAGUCGGAACGGAGAGAAGGACUGGGAGAACGCGUCCACCACUUCUUCGGUGGCUUCCGGGACCGAGUACACAGGACCAAAGCUCUACAAAGAACCCAGCGCAAAGUCCAAUAAGCACAUAAUACAGAACGCUUUGGCCCAUUGCUGUUUGGCCGGAAAAGUGAACGAAGGCCAGAAGAGAAAGAUCCUGGAGGAAAUGGAGAAGUCAGAUGCCAACAACUUCUUAAUCCUGUUUCGGGAUUCAGGCUGUCAGUUUCGGUCUUUGUACACUUACUGUCCAGAAACCGAAGAAAUCAGUAAGCUGACUGGGAUAGGCCCCAAAUCCAUCACUAAGAAAAUGAUCGAGGGACUUUACAAAUACAAUUCCGACAGGAAGCAGUUUAGCCACAUACCCGCUAAAACGUUAUCCGCCAGCGUGGACGCGAUCACCAUUCACAGCCAUCUGUGGCAGAGCAAGAGACCAGUGACGCCCAAGAAACUGUUACCCACGAAAGCGUAGGGCCGGGAGCGUGGGCCGCAGAACGCUGCCGGUGGCUUUGCUCUCCGUCCCUCCGGCCUGCAGAAGUCUCUCCGUUGCCAGCAAGACUUCUGUCCCCCGAAAGUGACAUUGAGCCCCGUUACCAUGGAGCGCGGGACGCAAGCCGCAGGCCGCCGGCGUGCCGGGGGUUCGCAGGCGGGCGGGCGGUCCCGGUGAGGACGACCCGCUGGAUCCACGAAUGGAGACGUGUCAUCGGGGGUCACUGCUUGAUACCAGGCACGCUGGAGCACUGAAUUCUCAGACACUACUUGGACGCGUGGUGGGAACAUGGUAAGAUAACCAGUUAGGCGUUUUAUUCGUUGCUUUGUUUUUUUUAACUUUUAAUGUAUGUGCUUGUCUUCAGAUGGUUUAUUUUGACUUUGUCUCCUCGAGGGUUGCUUUUAAGAUAACUUGACAUUUUGUUUCAUGUGGAGAUGAGGAGCAUAGAAGUUUCCUCCACAGGCGACAUGCACCUCUCCUAAUGCUGAGAGAAACACUAGUGUUCAGUGGCACAGUAACCCUCACGUUGUCAUGGCGUGAGAGCAUUUGAAAGAAUUAUUCCGCUAAGUAUUUACAACUCUAUAUUUAUUAUUCACUCAAGUAUUAACAUUCUCUGUUCGGUAAGAGGCGUCGUGAAGAGCUGCUAGUAAGGUCACUUUAAACCACAUGAGCUUAACCACGAGUAUAAGAAGUUGCUGAUUAAAUCAGUGUCGUCACACCGCUUCUGGCCGGCUCAGAAUAGCUUAGAUUGUUCCUUUACCAGAAAAGGCUUUCUCUCUCUCUUCAGCGAGUCACUUUAUAAGCUGGCAGAAGUGAAUGACACUUUGAGGAUCGUCUUUCAGCCUGAAGAGGUUAAGAUUUCCUGCUGCAAAGUCUCGAGAAGUCUUUACGUUAUAUUUAUAACUAAUAUAAAAACUAUAUUUAGAAACUUUAAACUGUACAAAAGGGCUCCAUUUUAAUUUUAAAAUAGCUUCACAUUAUUUUACUUAAUAAGUUUUUCUUCCUUUUUGUCCUUUUCGAGUGGAACGGCUUAGAUUAAGUAGACACUUGAAAUCUUCUCUACUUGACCUUUGUCCCUUUGACAGUGUGUGCCGGAGGGUUAGUUGGGGAAAAACGUCCCUCUCAGGAAAAGACGUGAACGAUUACGUGGCCCUGUCCCGUUUCCGCGUGGUGUCGACGGAGUGAGUCGGGGGGGCGGCGGUAUCGUUUCGCAAGUGACACACGGGGUUUGUUUUCUUUCGUGGGAAGUAGAGACUGAAAUAUACGCAUUUCUCUAAUUGAGUCGUUUAGAGAAAUAACUAAUAUCUUAUAUGAUGUAUUGACUUAUUUUAAAAGCAACAGGCGUGAGCCGUUCCUGCACCAUACUUUUCUAGUAUUAUGCGGCCACUAGGUAUCAGUGCAUCUGAGUUACCGACACUUUAUCAAAUGCUGUCAAUAUUUUACUGUAAUUUAUGUUCUUAUAUUUAUGUAUAUUUGUUAAAACUGUAAAAAAAAUUUCAAAGAUUUUUUUCCAAUACCCGUGCAAGAUCUAUGUGUAGCUCAAAACUCUUCGUGACCUACUGUUUGCAUGUAAGAGACCAGGAUAUGUAACUCUGAUAUUUUAAGUGUAUACAUAUUGUGUAUAAUAUAUGAAUAUUAAAAAUGAGGCAUUGCACAUUUUACCUUUCAGACACCGGUUUCCGUCACUGUUAGAAGGAAGUAAUUGUCACUUAAUGUUGAGAUGAAGACCGGUUUAAAAAUAGCAAAUGAAUCUAAUCAAAAAGGAGUAAUAGUCAAAAGGAGAAUCGGCCAGCAUUUUACGUUACUAAAUUUGUUCUUUUCCAUCCAUUUCCCUCUGCAAGCAGUCUUCUUCAUGAUAUUAGUUGGCCAUUAAAUUUUUAAAACUUGGACGCGGGACAGUGGAAGAGGUCCUUACGACCAAACAGGACCUCACUCGUCCACGCGUGUCUAGCGGUGAACGUCCGUGGCGUCUGAAGGCAGAAUGUGGAUGUUGCCACGAAAGCCCGUUGCUCCCAGUGCAACGUUCACUUUAUUGAUGCAGGAGGAACAUGGAGAGGUUUCUUUAAGUCUGCGGAUGUUUUAAUGAUGGUGCAGCUUUUUUUUUUAAAUUAUGUUUUUAAAAUUGUACAAAUGAAAAUUAUGCCAUUUCAUCAAGCCUGGAGAUUUUCAUCCGUCUUAUUGAAACACUGGUGCUUUCAUCAUUGGAGGUCAAAUGAUUUUGAUCAUUAUUCAGUUAAGUUUGCCAAACGCUUGUCAUGGUUACCAGUGCAGCCGUCAGGUUCUGCCCUUUGACGCAGCUUUGGAAAGCCCUUCAAGUUUGUCUGGAAUAACUGGUUCAAUUUUCACUUGGCUGUUUAAAGCCAAAUUCAGCUUUCUAAUGGCGGUUUCACGGACACUGUCGGGCAGCAUACGGUGUAUGGUGUGCUUACUGUCCAGUUUCGAGCAUUGCUUACAGGUUUUUUAAGAUGCUGUGCUGUAAAAUACUGUCAGAUUUGCCAUUUCCUGGUACAGUGUAGUCCCCUCUCAUUUGAAUAAAAGCAUGGCACCAAACGA